GCAGACUAGACUAGGCAUUUCUUCGCGGCCUAUUCAAAUUUGUAAUUUCGGAAAACAGAGUCAGACUCAGAGAUGGAGCGUGAUAAACAAGAUCACUUGUCCAUUUCUUCAGACAAAUCUCAAAGUGCGAACUGCAUUAGGGGUACAGAUAGAAGUAAAUCAGUUUCAAAAUUAUUUGGCUUUGGAAAGACAGAAUAUUCCAAGGAGGAACAUUGGGCGAUUCAAGCAGCUUUAAGGCAGCGUCUUGGACCAGAGUUUGUCAGUCAGAGAGCUGGUGCUGGUGGACAAAAGUUGGCUUAUAUUGAAGGAUGGCGUUUAAUCAACUUGGCUAAUGAGACGUUUGGCUUUAAUGGAUGGUCCCAUUCUAUUACAAAUCAGACAAUAGAUUUUGUAGAUCAUGUUGGAGGAAGAUUCUACGUGGGUGUGAGUGCUAUUAUUAGAGUAGAGCUCAAGGAUGGGGUCUAUCAUGAAGACAUAGGCUAUGGAGUUAGCGAAGGAAUGAAAUCAAAGGCAUUGGCGUUGGAGAAAGCUCGUAAAGAAGCUGUUACCGAUGGGCUCAAGAGAUCUCUCAAGAGCUUUGGGAAUUGCCUAGGGAAUUGUCUGAAUGACAAAACAUAUCUCCGGUCAAUCGGGAAGGCACCAAAAAUGCAAGAAACGCUUCAUGACAUUGUGACAAUGAAGAGGACAGACAUAGACAGCAAUGUAUUGAAGGCACGCUACAAACAACCCACGGACUCUUCACCGUCAAAUCACACGCUCUGUGCCCAAGGUGGCGCAAGCGGCGGUCAGUUCACCCCUCCCAUGCCCGUCCAUCAGCAGUCCAGAACCUCAAGGCCUGUUUCCACAUUGGUGAGUCCAUCGAGUGCUGAUAAUCUCGGUGGUGGCAGUGUGAACAGGACCCCUUCCGGUCCGGGGAUUCCCCCUACAGGUCUGGGGAAUCCCCCUAGUUCAUCAGUGAUGAGUCGGAAGGCUGGUAACCAGGCAGGAAGCCCAGGAGUGGGGGCAGCCGGAGGCAUGGAGACCCCUAAACACGACGGAAGAAAGGCCAACUUGCAGCAGUCAGUGGAUGCCUCUCCGAUGUGUGUGCUGACAGAUGUCAUUAUGAAUGACAAGAAGUCUAGUCCAGAGACAGGUGGCCCCAAUACAGUUGACCAGCUUAGACUUAGAAAGCUGAGACAACAACAGAAACAACAAGAGUUCAGGGAGCAGAUGAAACGCAAACAGCAGCAGGGCCAACAGACAUCCACAGGAACUUCAAACAAUAUCAUGCAGCAAAAUGAGAAGGAUGUUGCACCCAACAUAGAAAUCGAUGACUUGCCAUUCCCUCUUGCCACGUCUACCCCACUUGACACAGUGAUACUAGGAGGCCAGUCCUCUUCCACAACUACCACCACCACCACCACAACACCUGUUACGGGAACCGUUACAAGUGCCUCCGCUUCGGUUGCUGCUGUCCAACUGUUGGGCGAUGAGAAUUUAUUAGCCGAAGAUGAUCCAGACUUCUGGGCCUCCCAGUGCUUCCUUGAUGCCGCCGAAGCCAUCCCGGUGGGACAGACCAACACCAACAGCACCACCAUCCAGCAGCAACCCACUGGACCAGGGAGGGGCUGUGGCCUUGGACCGGGUCAGCAGAAAGGCCAUGGUGUCUUCCAGCAUUCCAAGGGGAUUCCCCAGCAGCAGCAGCACCACGACCUCGGGGGUGGAGGCAGUCUAGGGAAAGAGAACGCCUCUGGAGGACGGGUGGUUACCAGGUCCGGAGGCAACAGGCAGUACGGCGGAGAUGGUGCAGCUGCAGCAAUGAAGAGAAGAAAAAUGGAUACCAUGUAAAGGAGAGAUUACACUACUUCAACAAGGGAAAGUGUUGAUCACUUUUAUUUAUGCACAACAUUCCAUGAUGACACGAACAUGAUUUUAUUCUUACCUCAUUAUACCGAAGAAUGGUUUCCAGUCAAAAGAAAUUAUGCAUAAGUGCUUAUCAGGGCCUAUUUAUAAGGACUUGAUAUAAUAACAAAUGAACAGUUUUUAUAACAAGUUUACCGUCAGUCAAUCAAAUUGAAUAUCAGUAGCUUGAGAUUGCGGUUGAAAUUUUUUUUAUUGAAACAACUUUUUGAAACCAUUCCCAUAUCUAGGUAACGUUAUUGAUCAUUACGUGUUUUUUUUUCUACCCUUUUCUAUCUUUUUUACAUGGGGAAUUAGAAAAAGGUAACAAUGGUUGACUGAUUUAAUAUACAAUGUUUAUGAUUUCCUCGUCUGUUUUGAGUGCAUGCCAAUUGCUUGAGAAAUGACAGUAUGUCAACAACAUGUGCCAGCACUGGUAUUGGCAAGCACAGAUAAAGAUACAGAGUGAUUUUUCAAACUCAAAGUUGGUGUGAUGUUGGACUACAAGGAGUCAUAAUCAUAUGUACAUGAUGCUUGAUUGGCAUAUUUCCAACGAUUUACUCAUUCUGAUGUGAUCACUUUGAUCUUUCAUGUGUAAGUGUCGUGGCCGGUGGUUUAGACUCUUGCCUUCAAUCAAGUGGCCAUUGGAUAGUCUGCAAGCAGAGACUCAUAUUUGGCACUUGAACCAAAACCAUAGUCUCACGACUUCAGAUUUUGCAUUAUGCAGAAUUGCAAAAUCCAAGGGUCUGUGCCUGCAGACUAGCCAUGGGUUUUGAUUCCCACCCGUAGGUGUUUAUUUUUCUUCCAUAAGAAAAUUCAGCUGAACUAGUUUCCAAGCACAGACUCUUAUUAAACCUAGCAGCCACAGAACAUGAGUGGAUCUAGCUAGUGUCACUACCUCAGACUCUGCAUUACUCACAAUGCGAAAAUAGAGGGUCUGCGCCUGCAGACUAGCACUUGAUCUAAGUGUGGAAAACGGGUGUUGUGCACAAAUGUUUAUUCCUUGUGCAAUGCUUGGGUGCUGAGGCGAUGGCUGGCUUAGCGCCAGGGUGAUAACGGUAAUUGAUAGUACUUGGAGCACUAGUAGAGUGGACAUGAGAGCUAAUUAAAUAAAUGGUAUUAUUAUCAUUGAUUUAGUUAAUAAACAAGCAUGCACGAGCUGAAGACAUUGAUUAUCACUGAGGUCUAACUUGGGCCUUGUAACAAAAAGAUAUACAUUAAUUGAUUGGCAUAUAUUUUCCAUCAGUGGUAUGUUUUUUGCAACUGCACCCCAUAUAUAUUAAAGAUAAUGAAUAAUAAUGUACAAGAUGUAUAAAGCACUUUUAAUGACAGAAGCACUAGAUACAAUAUUUAAGGAGAUUCCUUUUCAAAUCAUGUAGGGGUCGUGUAGCUUCUGUGACAUAGAAUUCUCUUGAAAGUUGUUGCACCUGAAUACUACCAAGUCUUGUGUGUAGAUCUUCCACUGGCAUGAUAAUGUUUGUAAUUGUGGUGGUACAAGGGAAAGAUGAAACACAAAUAGCAUAAUUCAGUACUUGUAUAAUACACUGUCACUUUACAGGAUUCACUUGGCAUAAUAUCAAACAGUUUAGCCAAAGCAGUUCGAAUUUUAAUGAAUGUGAGAAAUAUAUGUGAUUUAAAGCUUAUAUUUUAUAGUGACAGUCUUGUCAGAGGUCUUAAUUAUUAAUUUUGUGUUUGCAGUAUUGAUAUGUGUCCGAUUUUUUUAUUAUUUAUUAAGAUAGUAAGAAAUUACUGAAAAGCUUUAUUGGUUGUGUUUGAAAUCUUUAUGUCUUAUGACCUUUGCAACUCCAGACCACUCUCCACCAAGGAAAAAAAAAAAAAAUGCUGUUAAAGAUCUUUUAAAGCAUGAAUGAUAACUUUGCAUUUUGAAUGAAAUUUUGACUCGUGACAAUCGAAUAGCAUUUUAAGAUGGUGCACGGAAUUACAAGUGACAGCAUUUUCCAAGGCACUUUUACAGUUGUCUUCUGUUUAACCUGAAAUAACAUGUAAAUGGAAUGCUCUCAUGUUUAUACUAAAUGUGAAUUUCAACAUCAUCUGAAUCAUCAGAGGGUUUAUACGUGUAGUUAAGAUGUCACUCAAUGCACAUUUUAAUGUUUCCGCAUAAUCACGAUUAUUCACGAUCAGUAUAUGGCUUGGUCACUUUAAGGUAAAAGAAUUUAGUUGCAGCAAAUAAUUAUUUUUAAUGAGAAAGCCUUUGAAAUCAAAGUUAAUUGUCACCAUAUUAUCAUAGCUCUAUAUCUGAUACAUUUAUAUCAACUUAACUGUGUGAAAUCUUAGCUGACAACCAAUAACUCUGAAGAUUACUUACACAGAAAAGCACACGUGGGACAGCAUAUUAAUAUUGCAGGGAAAAAUUUUAUGAAGUGCCGUGCUUAUUUUAUUUAUUUCUCAGCUUAUACCUUGUACACAUUUUUCUUUCAGAGCCAUUUGCCACAUAAGAAUUUAUUUAUACGUAUACAUUCACUUGGAAGGCAUUUCUAUUGGUAUCUGUUCGAACUCUUUUUGAAGGUUUAUUGAAGUGGUUCACACAGCUGUGACAAAUACAGGGGAAAUCUACCCAAAUCAUAUCUCUUGGGAUAACAGAAAUCUGUUGACGUAGAAGAAAUUAGACUUAGAAGUGUAAUCAGCACAUAUAGCAUAAUCUGGAUUUCCACUUUAAACUGUAACCAGUUAUUUGACUUACAGAAGUAUACAUGUACACUGGACACCAUUCUUGCUUGAUAUUACAAAUUCUAAAGAAAACAUUUUGUAUACUGAUUGGAUUGAACCAGUGUUUUUGAAUAAUCACAAUUUUUCAAUUGACUUGCAACUGAUAACUUUGUGGAAGAAUUACAGUAAAUUAAGCCAGUUUUUAUCGAUAUGUAAUUGUGGGAGAUAUUGCAAUACUGCGCCUGGACAUCCUUAAUUUUAACUUCGACUAAUGUAUAUUGACAUUUUUUAUGUCCAUAAACAUUGUUCAGGAUUUUACAACAUUCUCCUUGUAAUGUUUUACAGUGUACAUGUGAAUGAUAGGAAUGUAGUUGUGAAGGAUAUAUAUAUUUUAGUCAGAGCCUUUGUACUGUUUUAUCUAUUUUGUGAAGUCAUGCAUCAUUUGAAUAAAUAUGCACAUUUUUCUUUA